AGCGAGAGGAUGUAUUCGAAGAGAGCAUUUUAAUAUCAAUAAGAGGCAGAAUGUCGAAUUGAAUUUUAAAUGAGAGAGGAGAAUUUUAUUAGAUCAGAUUUCAUUCUAGUUCUACAGUUAAAAAUCAUAAUAAAUGAAGCGUAUGUUUUAAAACUUAAACGAGUCCCAAAUAGACUGCGGACUGCACCAAGUAAAGAUGAACGGUGCUUUCCGUUAAAGACACGUGACCGCCUCUCUCCGCGCAAACUACGAAUAUCAGUACCCCCUGAUGGGUAGGAAUGAAUAGUUAAAUUGAAGGAUGUGUUUCUUUAGAAUUAUAUUCGUCAGUUAAAACCGUCCAUGGACCGCCGCUUCUUCCUGAGUCAACUUUUCAAGUUGAAACGGUAAAGCAUUCUGUCACGGAGGAAAAUAACGAAAUAUAGAUUAACUUCAUCUUUGACAACUAAGUAUCUUACUUUAAUUAAACACCGACCUUCCUGAAGUUAAGAACCGUUAUAAGUACGUUUUGUUUAUUCAACUUAAAGGCGUCUGUUUGUUUAAGCAAGUUAUAUCGACAAAGUAACUUUAGCCGUUCCUAUGAAAUAGGAUAGCGAAAAGUAAAAAGUUGACCCUUGACCCAGUGGAAAAGUAGAAGUUGCGCGUCCCUUUUCCAGGGGUAUUUGAUAACCAGAAUUUGGCCACCAAUUCUCGGUUCGCGCUUCUUAACGAAGGAAGAAAAGUUAGGUCUGAGUUCACACAGGGUUUGCCCUGUGUAGGAUUCAGACCUGGCCGUCGACGAAAUUAGGAUUUAGAACGGUUUAAGAUUUUGAGUGCAAAAAUGAUUGGAAUCUUGUCAAUCAUUAUAUUCAUGUGUGUAUCUUGCCAUGCGCACUAGCAGUGUAACAAGUUAGUGUGUGACAACCGUAGUCAGUAGCAACAUGUAAACAUUACGUAAGUCACGGUAGCCCAAGGGUAACAAACCGACACACCCAUGGGGGGUAGUCCGUUCCUCGGACGCCCAUUGGCUGAAACCUUAUCUAAACAGAGCUAAAAGCUUUCCAUGGCUGUCAGUGUCGGAUCACAUAAGGGACGCCGUUGUAGGACCAUAUAAAAAGGGGUGCGGUAGAAGCCGCAGAGAUAUUAUCUGGUAAACCUUGAGUUUGUAACAGCGAAGUAAAGCCCGGUACCUGUACCGCCCCCCAACUACAGUCUACUCUCGUUGUUACAAUUCACUUACGAGUAUCUAACAACGACUAAAGUAAGACGAAUAAUCAGAAAAAUUUGUUAACGAUUAAAACAAGCCGAUAGUUUGAAAAAUUUGUCAACGAUUUAAAAAGGACGAAAGUUUGAAAAAUUUAUCAACGAUUAAAACAAAACAAUUUUAAAAAUUGCCAACGACUAAAACAAGACGGACGAUAUUUAGAAAAUUUUUCAACGACUAAAACAAGACGAUAGUCAGGAAAUUUGUAAACGAUUAAAAUAAGACAAUAGUUUGAAAAUUUGCCAACGAUUAAUACGAUGCCAUAGUUAGAAAAUUUGGGUAACAGGUGGUUUCGCCCAAGUUGUUGUAUCGCCCACGUCAGAAAGAGUAGUUCCGCCCACGCAUCAAGAGUUGCUUCGCCCAAGAAUCAAGGUGUUUCGCCAACAGAUCGUACUACGAGCUCUCUCAUCAGAAAACAUUUUGUUCGAACGUCGCGCUGCUUUAGAAAAAUCAAAACUAAUGGAAUACGCUAUCGAUCAUCGCAGCGAUCUUUAUGGCAAAAAAAGCUUAGAUAUGUGGGAUUUUUUUCACCAUAAAAUAUAGCUAUGAUAAGUGGAAUUAUGUCGGAUUCUGUGGGAUUCUGCAUGAUUCUGUUUGAUGCGCUUGUUGAGCGAGCGUAAAUAGGGGUUAUUUGCCGGGUGGGGGGUCAGUAUCGUGAAAUACCGUGACCGAGGUCUUGAAAAUACUGUGGUGUCGGAAUAAAUAAAUGCCAUACAUAAUUGUUAUAAUUUGUAGACUGGAAUAAACAUGGCCCGAAUUUUCGCUGCCAUUCUGCUGGCCGCCCUUGCGUCCGUGUCGGAAGGAACUAUGUCCCUUCAGUAUCGCGCUGACGGAAAAAACAGAUGGGCAGUAUUCAACAAGCUAUCGGGCAAAGUUCUAUCAGGGUUCGUGAUUGCCAAACACCAAGUCACAUCCCCAGUAUGGUGCGCCCAGCACUGCCUCGAGAACAUGGAUUGCGCCUCGUACAACGUAAGGAAUGCAGUCACGUGUGAGCUGAACAACGAAACCAUGGCAACCCAAAACGCAUCCUUGCAAAGCGACCCCGAGGGUGAUCACUACUUUCCUGCAGAGUUAGAGUACAAGUCGUGUCUGGACCACAUGAAGGCGGGCGCCACGGACUCGGGCAUCUACACCAUCACCUUUAGUAAUGGGGCGCGAGGCAAAGUCAUGUGCGACUUGACCUCUGAGCCUAACGCUGCUUGGACCCUAGUUCUCUCCUUUGCCUUCAAGAACAGACAUCUUGAAGAGUUUUAUAAGAAACCCUGGCAAUUUGACGCCCCGAGACACAGCGACGAACCGAACUGGGACGACUACAGAAUUGAACUCGCUAAGAUGCAGCACCUCGUUAAACAGUCCACUCACUGGCGUGCUACCACAGGGCUACCAGUCUACGGAGUCGAUUACCGAGACUACAUUAGAGGCUUGUUGUCGAGCCUAUACGUGUUUGCGGAUGUGGAAGGCUGCCGUGACGUUGAAUACGUGAAUGUGCGUGGUUACAGCGCCACCAACUCGUCCGUUUACGUUUGGCAAGACUCCCCGGACAUUCCACUUCACAUUGACACCGACUAUAGCUAUGCUCACUGCAGAUUCAAACACCCUAAUUACGUGACUUAUGAAAAUAUCUUUGGCUUGUACAGCGACAGAGAGCGGAAUCCGAAAUUUCGCGGAAGUGAAGAUGAUGGCAGCACUACCCAGUGGUGGUUUGGCGGAUACUUGAACUAGCCCGCUAAAUAGCAAAGCAGUUACAUCAACUAGGCACCAAAUUAACUAGCAAACCAAACAACUAAAGCCAACACCCAACUAAAAUCAUCUCACAAGUACCAACGUGGACAAAUGGAAGGCGUUACUGUGGCUCUUCCCGUGCACGUUAUUGAUCCGAGAGGAGGCGAGGGACUUGGGACGAGACACAGGAAUCCCGAUCCCAAUGCCUUGGAUUGAAGAGAUUAAAACUAGAUAAGCAGCCAUGCACAGACAUGGCACACCAAACGCGUCUGGGUGAAUGGCCGAAAACCACAGUAGUUUUUUGUUGCUCUUUUGAAUUUACGUAGCACUAGCAGUAACAGGACUUAGAGAUUACGGGCGAAAACAAGAAUAGCUCCAUAUUUCACAUCAUUUAAUAACUGUAGUCAUAGUAAUAUAAACAUUUUGUCAUUGAUUAUUCUGCUCAUAUAUCAAAUAAGUGCCGAUAUUUAUAGCCAGGUGCGGUUGGAUAGUUUACUCUAGAAUACAGUUCACAUAUUUUAAAA